GGGGCGCCUACUGCCCGCCCCUCUGGUGCAGCUGCGGCCGCUUCCCCCCUGCCCCGCACGUGGGCUACUUCCGGGUUGCCCACUGCCACCUCAUUGGCUGCGGCGCCGGCCAAUGGGAGCGCAGCUUACGCUCCAUCCGCUACAGGAAAGCAUCGCCACUCCUCCCGCUGUGGGUCUGGCGCUUGCGUCUAGUUGAAGAGGCUGCGUGGUCUUUGCGCAUGCGCCGAGCCGGAAAGGCGACGGGUGUUUUGCGCAUGCGCGGUUGCUAAGGGGCUUGCGGUAGCCCCGCGCAUGCACGGCGGGACGCGGAAGCCGGCAGGUGGCGGCACGUGGGUGUGCGGGGCACGACGGCUCCCACAGGGGGAGCUAUGGACCCCCCAGCCCUGCAGAUGACACCUAUUGGGGGGGACCCCAGGGCCACCCCCUCCAGGGGCAAUCCAUAGGGCCUGGCCUCACCUGUGGGGGGGUGAGGGGGCUGUGUGUCUGCCCCAGACUCCUGGGGUCUGUCCGUCCCCUGAAUGUGUAGGGCGUGCGUGCAUGAUGCGGAUGCCUGGGUUCUGCGUGUCUGUCCCGGGGAGGGGGGCAGUCCACAUGCACACAUUCAGCUGGAUGCCCCGACGCGCCCUGCCCCUGCCCCCCGCAGCCCCAGACACCGCAGCCAAGUCCCACCCCGCCGCCGGCGCCGACCCCCUCUCCUGUGUCCCACGGCACCCAGACACCAGGCACCUCAGUGGGCAGCUUCUCCACGGACCCGUGGCCCUGGACGCUCUGGCCAGGGCCCCCCCCCCCCCGAGUAGGGGUCCGGUCCCGUGGCGGAUCUGGCCGCACCCUCAGCUGCCUCCGUGUCUGGUGGCCGUGAGCCCCGUGCUUUCGCUAGACGCUGGGGGAGAAGGAGCUUCCUGGUGCUCGUUUAAACUAACGACCUCCCUUCAUGGCCGGCCCCUGGUUCUGGUUGGAGAAGGUCGGUUGUCAAGCCCUGUGGACUGUCCCGUCACCCCUUGGGAUCAAGCCUUCCUCACCCCGCACCUCGGACAGGCCAGGCCUCCUUAGUGGCUCCUCACACAGAGGUUAGAGGAUUCGGCGGGAAACCAGCACUGAAAUCUGCUGCUCUUGCGUCUGCAGGGGCUGGGAGAGACCCACCGGAGCAGCCCCCACCCCCUAGCACCAUGCCUCUGGAGGGGGUGAGUACCUGGAGAUCGCGCUGGCUUCCUUCGGGUCUGCCCUCGCCAGCCGUGGGCAGGGGCACCAGAGGCCCUCUCCGGCUGGAGAUGUUCUGCCGCUGUUGGGGGUAGGGGGGGGUCUCCUGAUGUCUUGGACAGGCCUGAUCCUGCCUGGGGCAGCAGGUGGGCCUGGAUGAGACCCCUGAGCUCCCCCCAAGCCCCUCUAGGACCCCAUUCGAUGGCCCCAAGCCCCCAGUGUGGCUGGAGCCAGCCUUGCACCCCCAACUCUCCUGAGCUUCUGUCUGGGCAGCCGGAGCCGCAGCCUGGAGACCUCCUCGAGUUCGACCGCGCUGGCUACAAGCACUGGGGGGUCUACGUGGGAGAGGAUGAGCCCGGGCUCCUGGAUCCCUUUUGGAGGUUCCUCGGCUUCACCCGACCCAAGUGUGUCGUCCACGUGGCCAAGACCCCCCUGGGUGUGGAGGUGCAGAAGGAGCCGCUGGAAGUCGUGGGGGCUGGAGCCCGGUACCGCGUGAGGAACCUCCACAAUGGGGAGCUGCAGGCCUUCCCCCAGCGGGAAAUCAUGGCCCGAGCCAGGCGGCAGCUGGGGCAGCCGUUCCCCUACGACCUGGUGGAGCAGAACUGCCAGCACUUCGCCACCUGCGUCCGCUAUGACGUGGCCAGGAGCGCGCAGGUGGAGAGGGUGAAAGGCAUUGCGUGGGCUUUGCUGGAUAUGGUGAGUGGACCCCCUCCCCCAUGGGCUGCUGGGGUCUGGCUGCCUCGGGCUCUUCCCUACCCUGGGGAAGAGGCAGCAGGAGCAGGGCCAUAACCCUUGGACUCUUCCAGUUCGAGGCACUGUGGAGCCGCGAGUAGCCACAUCCUGCAAGGCCAAGGGACCCGGAGCAAUAGAGAGCAUGGACCCCACUGCCUCGCUGCCUCAUUCUCCUGUCGCAUGGUCCUGCCCCCCCCCCUUGCCCCCCACCAUCUAUCCUGUAAGCGAGGCUCCCAGCAUCCUCGGGGUUGGGGGAUGCGGCCAUGGGAAGCCCAGACACCUGCAUUCACUCCCCGUUCUGGGAGGGAGGGAGGGACGGAGUGGGGCAGCUGAAGUGGUGGGGGGCUGGCUGGGGGCUAAAGCUGCUCUGGGAGUAGCCCCCACCCCGCCCUUGCCCCAGGCUGUGGGAAGGAAGGUUUGAUUUUACCUGCGAUGAAUUGUGCCCACAGUGGGGCCAUGAGCUCAGCCUGGGGGAGGCAGGGACAGGCCAGGGACCCAGGCAUCCGGGGAGGCUGGACUCCAGUGCUCUAAGCCACGAGGCCGGCACUGGGAAGGUGGAACCCAGGAGUCCGGGCUGGCAGCGCCCCCUGGCACCAGACCCGCCGCAUCUCUGGGUCCCGGGGCUGGGAGCCUCCAGCAAUGGAUCUUGGGGCAGCCAAGAAGAGUUGACGCAGGUGCAAUCUUGCCCCCAACCCCGCUGGGCCCAUCUGGAUCCAGCCUGGAUCGGGGCCCUGCCCAACAGCGCUGCCCUUAGGCCUGGAUGGGGGAGCUGGGGGGCAGGCAGUGCUGGCCUGGACGGCGUGAGGCAGAGG